AUGGCGAUGCAGAACUGGCCCAACGGACUUGUGCUUCCAUCGGGGGUUUUCCUACUCUCUUUCGUCCUUGCAAUUUCCGUCAUUUUGGUGACCGUGACUGCUCUAGUCAUUACCUCGAAACGGCUGGUCAAUGAUAUAAACACAGCACACAACACUAGCGGCUACCUUGUUGACUUCCUUUUGCCAUCCAACUCGCAGGACCGCGUUCCCUUUGCAGCAGGACAAAACCCUUUCGCGAUUCUAUACCAACACUACCGGUUCGUCAUCGACGGGCCCGGCCUGAUCAACAAGGGCUAUGUCCGUUUUAAGCAGGGCUUGUUCGAGAUCCCACGCACGUUCCGCUUUGGACAGGUUAUCCUGUGCAAGCCGGAGCUGAUUGAGGGAUUGAGAACCACGCGCAGCGCGGUGGCCUCGCCUGAGCCAUGGAUUGAUCAGGUGAAAUGCCCCCCCACCGUGCAUCUUCUCUUGCAAAUUUCUCAUGUCAUGCCGGGCUACUUUCCCAAGGGCGGGGGGUGGCCGGCCAUUGCAAAGACCACGCCGGGCGUCAUCCGCGGAACGGUGUAUAAGGAACUGGAUCGGUACAUACCCUCGAUGGACCAGGCCAUUCUCUCUCAAUUUCACACUUUGCAGUUUAAUGAUGACGAAUGCAGUGUGGGCUGCUUCGAUUUCGCAUACUCCAUUGUUGCGCGCAGUGGUAGCUUUGCCAUGGUCGGCUCGCAGCUCUCGCAGAACGAAGAAUAUCUCAAGGCCGUCAAGGACCAUAUUCUUGGAAUGAUCAUGACUACUCGCGUGCAGUUCCUGGUCCCUGAUUGCUUGAAGCGGGCUAGGUACAUUGGGGGAUUUAUCAGUCAUCUCGCUACCCUUGGUACCCGCUGGGAUAUGCACGCCUCGCGCAAGAUCCUACUCAAGCACUUCAAUGCUCGCGCGGCCGAGUACCGUGACGAGAUGGCUAGUGAAGAGUUAAAUCACCAGCCUCGUCCCGAGGACAUGCACAAACCGGUCGAGAUCUUCCGCUGGCUAUAUGAAAGCUCCGUUCUCCGCCAGCGAUGGAGCUACUCCGAGGUGAUUGGCGAGAUGCUGCUGCUGCAAUUUGCAUUCAUCUAUACCACAGCCUAUGGUCUUUACGGUGCACUGGCCGAACUCGCGCGGCGCCCCGAGUACAUAACACCCCUGCGCGAGGAGGUCGAGACAAUCCUCACAGAGCUAGGGCCCACAGUGGCCGCGUGCGACAGGAUGAUCCUACUGGAUAGUUUCUUAAAAGAGUGCCAGCGGCUGCACCCCCCUGCAGCCGUCUCUGCCCACCGGGUCUGUGUCACGCCCCUGCAACUUUCCAACGGUAUUACCCUCAAGCCCGGAACUCACGUCGGCGUUCCAAGUGGUGUGAUCCAGCGCUCGAGCGAGUACUACGAGAACCCCGAAGCCUUUGAUGGGUUCCGGUUCGUCAAACGAGCGGCCGCCGGAGCCAAGGACUCGCGGUUCGUCGAUCUGAGCCCGGAGUAUCUAGUCUUUGGAAUGGGGGUGCAUGCCUGUCCCGGCCGCUGGAUGGCAAGCGCCCUAAUGAAGCUGGUCUUCGCCCACAUCCUGACUCGGUGGAACGUGUUUCUGCCGGGGUCCUCGCAGGGUCCGGUGACGGGAUCGCUUUCAUUCGAGGAGUUUUACGUGCCGAAUUUCGGACUGAAGAUUGGGUUGCGUCGGCGGAAGUAA